GACAAAAUUUGACAGAACUGUGUGUGCAAGCUACGCGUUGAGGAAAUAGUUAAUAAAAUCUUGAUUUUUACGAUAAAAUCGUAUAUUUUCGCUAAAAUCGUCCUUUAAAAAGCUGUUCAAGCUAUCCACCGAUAUGGGACGAAAACGGGAUAGUGAAGGAUCCGGUUCUGAUUCCGACUCGAGUCGUGGCAGUCGCAGCCGUAGCGGCACACCACAAGUCGCUCCCACUCCGGGUCACUCGCUGGAGCAUCACGAUUCCCGAUCCAACUCUCCGGCAAAUCGGUCUCGCUCCGGUACUCCACAAAAUCGCAGCCGUUCGAACUCGGCCGGCUCUCACCGGUCUCGUUCCGGAUCCCGUCAUUCAGGCAAAUCUCGUUCCGGUUCCCGUUCUCGUUCUCAGUCACCGGCCGGUUCUCAAAGGUCCCGUUCAGACUCACCCCGAUCCCGUUCGGGAUCCAGAAGCCCACCCGGGUCACAACACUCCAAAAGAUCUCGUUCGCGAUCGCAAGCAUCGCCGACUGGCAGUGCCAAAUCACGUUCCCGCAGUGGAUCUCCGGCGAACAGAUCUCAAAGCGGAAGUCCCGCUAGAUCCAGAAGUGGAUCGCGAUCUAGGUCAGGUUCUCCGGCCAAAUCCCAAUCAAGCCGUAGAUCACGAUCGCGGUCGCGCAAAUCCGGAUCGCGUUCACCGUCGCCUGUGAAGUCAGCACGGUCUAAAUCUGGAUCCCGUUCGCCGUCCCCAUCGAAAUCAGCACGGUCCAAGUCUGGAUCCCGUUCGCCGUCACCUGCGAAGUCGGCACGGUCCAAGUCUGGAUCCCGUUCACCGUCGCCAACGAAAUCGGCGCGGUCCAAGUCUAGAUCCCGUUCGCCAUCACCACUGAAAUCGGCACGAUCCAAGUCUGGAUCGCGUUCUCCGUCGCCAGUAAAAUCGGCACGGUCCAAGUCUGGAUCGCGGUCUCCAUCGAGAAGUGGACGUAGUCGUUCAGGUUCGGUUGAUUCCGACGUGGGAGAUAAACGGAAGCGAGCCGUUAUAUCCAGUGAUUCCGGAUCGGACGCCGAGAAGGUGCAAAUAAAAAAGAAGAAUAAACUUAUUGAUUCCGACUCGGAUGAGGCUUCCGAUAGAGAGGAACCAGCCAAGGGAAAGGACAACGUUACAGCGGAUGCACUUUUCGGUGAUGCUGAUGAUAUCAGCUCAGACGAGGCUUCGGAACGGGAGCGGGACGAACUGGAUGAGUUGGAAGAUGCACAGAAAAAGGAAAGCGAUCGGGAACGCUCCAGAAGCCGUGGUCGAUCACGAUCGAGAUCCCGAUCCAGAUCGAGGAGCCGAGGAAGCGAUCGAAGGUCUUCGGAUGAUGAAAGAAAACAAGGAUUGGCAAGGUUCGAUGAACCAAAAGAACCGGAACCAGAGCCGGAACCAAUUCCUGAGACACGUAUCGAUGUUGAAAUUCCGAGAAUCGUCACAGAUGUCGGCCGGGACUUGCAUUUCGUCAAGCUUCCUAAUUUUCUUUCGGUCGAAACGCGUCCAUUCGACACUGAAACAUACGAAGACGAAAUUGACGAAGAAGAAACCCUAGAUGAGGAAGGUAGACAACGUUUGAAGCUGAAGGUUGGUAAUACCAUCCGAUGGCGCAACAAUAUAGACGACGACGGAAGCGGCGUUCGAGAAACCAACGCUCGUUUAGUUCGAUGGUCUGAUGGCAGCAUGAGCCUUCAUCUAGGUUCUGAAAUUUUCGACGUCCACAAGCAGCCACUACAAGGCGACCACAACCAUCUCUUCAUCCGUCAGGGUACCGGUCUUCAAGGUCAAUCCGUGUUCAGAACCAAACUCACCUUCCGACCACACUCGACGGAAUCGUUCACUCACAAGAAGAUGACCAUGUCACUUGCCGAUCGCUCGACUAAAACAUCCGGCAUUAAAAUUCUCACCCAAGUCGGAUUCGAUCCGGACGCAAACCGCAAAGAGAACAUCAAGAAGGAAGAGGAAAAACUUCGAAUGGCCAUGCGAGCCAAACCCACAGCGAGCAAAUCCAGCAGCCGCAAACGAGACUCCGGCGCCAAUCAGAACAAUCCUUAUCAACAAGACGAAGGUUCGGACGAUGAAGGUGGAAUCUCCAUUGCAGCCAUCAAGAACAAGUACAAGGACGAUCGAUCGAAACCCAAGCAGGGAGCAGCGAUCUACUCUUCCGACGAAGAUGGUUCAGAUAUGGAUAUGGGUCGCAAGAAGAAGAAUGUCGACAAGAAGAGAGUUCUUAAGGCACUGGGUGACUCGGAUGAUAGCGAUGAUGAUUCCGCGCAUUCCGGUUCCGGUUCGGGAUCAGGCUCUGGCUCUGAGCAAGGAUCUGGUUCAGGAUCAGAAGCUGGUUCCGGAAGUGAAAAAAGCGUCGGUGAGAAAUCUGGUGGUGGUGUUGCUGUUGGCGUUAUUGAAGAUGAAAGUGACGAAUAAUUAUUAUUUUAAAUUACUUAAUCUUGUAUUAAAUGUAUAAUGUGCUAAGAACUCAAUAAAACUAAACUUAA